AUGUAUCUCGAUGCUGUCGUUGAUGCCGUACUCUAUUGCUGUCAAAUUGGCCGCCUGCAUGCUCGACGGCUGUCGAACGCACCGGAUGCCCAGGUCGCAGCAAGCCGAGCAGGGUUCGUUGGAGUCGCAUUUUAUUUUUCGUCGUCGACAAGUCUGGCAGGCAAGCAGGGUUCUUUUAGGGCCUUCGGGAGGGACAUUGUGAAGAAGGACGUGUCGGUUGAGGAUGUCACUGUCGAGUAUCAAAUCAUCAGUGUCUAG